GCUGCCCCGGCGUGCAGGGCCCGGCAGCCGCCAUGUCGGGCCCGUUCGAGCUCUCGGUGCAGGACCUCAACGAUCUGCUCUCGGACGGCAGCGGCUGCUACAGCCUCCCGAGCCAGCCCUGCAACGAGGUCACCCCGAGGAUCUACGUGGGCAACGCGUCUGUGGCUCAAGACAUCCCCAAGCUACAGAAACUGGGCAUCACCCACGUCCUGAACGCUGCCGAGGGCAGGUCCUUCAUGCACGUCAACACCAAUGCCAACUUCUACAAGGACUCCGGCAUCACUUACCUGGGCAUCAAGGCCAACGACACGCAGGAGUUCAACCUCAGCGCCUACUUUGAAAGGGCUGCAGACUUCAUUGACCAGGCCCUGGCUCACAAGAACGGCCGAGUGCUUGUCCACUGCCGUGAAGGUUACAGCCGCUCCCCAACUCUAGUUAUCGCGUACCUCAUGCUGCGUCAGAAGAUGGAUGUCAAGUCUGCCCUGAGCGUCGUCAGGCAGAACCGUGAGAUCGGCCCCAACGAUGGUUUCCUGGCCCAACUCUGCCAGCUCAAUGACAGACUAGUCAAGGAGGGGAAAUUGAAACUCUAGGGCCCGCACUGCCUCUUCUCUAGAGGUCGGACGGGGGAGGCCUUGGUUGAGGUGUCCCAAGCCGCCCUGUUUAGGAAACACAGUGUACCCUGCUCCCAGCAUCACCAGGCACUUGCCCACAUCUGUCCCAACAUAGCCCUGGGCCACUUUCCCCUGGGGGGAGCACAUAAAGAAGCUUGCUAAGGAGGACAUUCUUGCUCCCUGGUGUGUCCUGUGCCUGUAAUUUAUGACGUCCUCUUCCCGAGGUGGGGGCGCAGAGUGGGAAGGCCUGUGACAUGUGUGCUUCUCCUGAAUGGCCCAGGGCGGGAGGUCAGUGGAAGUGUAAGGCUCCAGACGCCCACAGGGCCCCUCCUGACCUCCCCCACCUCCCACCCCCACCCCUGGCUCCUCUCCUGAGUGGGGACCACAGCACCUCGAGCCCUGCAAAGGAACUAUGCAAACGUGGGCCCCUCUCUCCCCACCAUGUCUGUCUCCCCAUCUCCUCGCAGCCAUCCGCACUCUGCUCACAGGCAGAGUCCCGUCAUGAGGUCUGAAGCUGGGGGUAGCUGUCAGUUGUUAGUGGAUGGAAAUUCCCACAAAGAGCCCGCAUUUUAACUAUUUCUUUAGGAUUAAAGAUAACUAAACAAAGAGGCCCUCAGGUGGGCAAAUAAGUUGUCCUGGAGGACUCCUAAAUCAAUAGUUUUUAAAAUGCAAAUCUUUGGAGGGCUUGAGUUCAGAAUCCACUGCUUUGGACUGUUUCCCUUGGACUGCCUUCAGUCUCUUGGUUUGUUAGAAGAGGAUGCCUUGGGCAUGCUUUUCUUUUUCUUUUUUUAGAAAACAGGGUGUUGAAGUCCAGCCUAUUUAAAAACCCCACCAUUUGGAGAAUUACAAGGGUUUUGUCCUGAAUUAUAGCGUUGGCGAGCCCAAGCCACUCGUGCUAACUGCUUUUUGUCUCGGUUGCUAUUCCAAGGACAGAAGGAGAAAGUUGGCCAAUUACAGUGUGUGUGCGUGGGUGUGUGUGGGGUGUGUGUCUCUCAGAAACACAGCCAGAGGACGGACGAGCAGAGAGAUGAGCUGUCCCAGGCUCACACCCUGCCCACUGGCAGGUAGUUCUGAUGGCUCUCUGGUGCCAGGAAAGAUCCUGGACCUUUGGGAGCAAAAAUGAUUCAGCGAGGCAGAAAUGAAAUAUGGCGGAGCAUCCAAAUGGAGCCUUGAUUUGUGGUAGAGCAAACAAACAAAAAGAAACAACCUUUUCUAGGACUUCUUCAGGAUGGUGUCAGAAUGCACUAGCACUCACACUCACAUGCGUGUGCACAUUUGGCAGAAUAUGGGAGUUUUGUUUUGAACACAGUCUUGUUAGGACUUUGCUUGAUUGUCAUCCUGGAAAGUGAUUCAAGGCUGUCGUCUUCAGGUUCCUUAUGACAGAGAGGUGUUCCUCAGCCAUGCCCCCAGCGCCUAGCCACAUAGGUGUCUGAUAAAAGUUUGUGAAAUUAAACUUUUUUUUUUUUGAGCACCAAAUAUACGUAGAGUGUUGUUCUGGUGGGUGUUUCAAGCUCCCAGAAGCCUGAAUUCAUGGUAGGAUCACCUGCAAGGAUUUGCAAAGGAGUCUUACCUGAAGUGAAAUAUCAGGGACUUUUGUUGAAUAUUUAACAUUCAUUGAGGUGGAGAAUGUGCCUUUUUCAGAGUGGACCAGGAGCUUCCGGCUAGGACAGGGAGAAGCAGGCGUGUCCCAGGGCCCCACUCGCAGGUGUUAUCGAUCUUUGUCACAGCAGGGGCAGCGCAGCCUGGACGUCCCUUCCCUUUUCUCUGUGACCACAGCAGCCCUGAACAAACCAGGAUCUGUCUUCCUGCCCAGAUAGACCCACUGAAGUGAAAUGGCCGUCCUCUACACUGUGUACCUCACUUCACAGUUUUCAGAUAGCUUUCCCACUUAAUCUAACUUGAUUCUCACAGUAACCCUACCAAGUUGGUAGAGCUUAUUCAUGUAUUAAAAAAAAAGGAACUGGGCUUCAGAAUGAUUAAGGGUGCAGCCCUCAGGGUCGUUGCCCAGCUCUAAGGCAGAGCUGAGGCAAGAGUUCAGGUUUGCUGCUCCCAGAAGCUGAAUUCUUUCUCUCACACUCUUCAAGAAAUGAGCCCCCUGGCAGUGUCCAGGUACACUGCACAUGACCUUGACCCAGCCCAUGUGUGCAAGGGCCGGUUAGCUUUGUGGACGGAGUACAAAGAUUCAAAUUGUGGUGCCAAGGGGGGUCUGGAUGAGGGUGGGACAGUGUUGGCAUACACUCGUCCCUGCUCCUAGAAAAGGAAGAACGUGGGUCCCCGAUUGGGUUAGAAUGUGUGGCUCUUCUUCCAGGAAACAUGUAGCAUCCCUUGGUCAGACCUUUCUGCUCUGCUUCUAGAAGAGGCUCAUGAGCUGGAGCUGGGGCUCCCCUCCCACGUCCAUGCAGUGGGCACCCCCCCAGGGCAGCCACAGCCACUUAGCCAAACACAGCAGGUUGGUGUGGUUACUUAACCAGGACCUCUUGCAGGCCUCUUUGUGAGGGCAUGAAGGAGAAAAGGCCAUUGGGACAAUUACUGCCUUUACUUUGGGGCUACUUUUAUGCUGAUAACUUGAAACUUCUUGAUAGUCUUUAGUCCCAGAAACCCCAUCUUUACUUCAUGAGUUUUAGCUCCUAGUUCUUUACGUAAAAUAAAAUCAAAUUCUAUUGUGUAAGAGCCCACACAUGCCCAGCUGUGACUGGAAGCUGUUUCUGGACAGCUUUCUACCCCCUGGGAAGUGAUGGAAUAGGAACUCAGGGUGCCCUUACCCCCUCCCCUGACCUGAUUCCUUUCUGUGACUAGGAGACUCCCAUCUGGGCAAAAUUAAAGCACCAAAUGGUUUUCUUCUCAGUCCUAAAGCAGUACACCUUCCACAGGCUGGUCUGUUUCCCUGCCACUCUGAGUUAUCUUGAGAGCAGAAAUCACCAUCUAUCAAAUGAGGGGUCUCAUCUAGAAGACUUCUAAGGUCGCUUUUGGCUCUGACAGUGUAGGAUUCUCUUAAGAAUCCCCACUUGGAAUUUACCAUCACCUGGAAAUUAUAGGAUGUGUAAAAAUAUGAUGACCAGCAGGUGACGCUGUGUUCCACCCGUGGUGAUGGAUGGUUUGUGCCUUCUGUGUCAAGUUAAUGCUAAGAUGCUAAUGUUUUAAUCGAAGGAAGCACUGAUCUGAUAAUAUGAAGAUAUGAGCUUUUCUCGCAGGAAACUUUCUUUGUCACAAAACCGGUGUCACGAAUCACUGAAGAGCCAACAAUGAUCGUCCUUCCAAGUCAAGAUUUUAUCCUGAUUGAAAAUAGAGGCCAUCUCUGGCUGAGAGAGCACAUUGGUUGGAAGUUUAACUUACCUCUUGUCAGCUUUUAGGGUAAUUUGAUUAUGAAAGUGUGAAUUUUCUGGACAGAAAAGGGGACGGUAUCAAAUUGGUUUUAAAAAAAAGUAAGUUUAACAUCUGUUGUAUCACAAGUCAGUGUUAAAACACUAAAACUGUAACCAAAAUAAAUGUCUUACAUU